UUCCUGCUGCGCCAAAGCGGCGGAUUCCUGACGGUGGAGUUCCAGAAGCCUGCAGCCUUUGUGAUAACUUCCACGUCGUGCUCCGGGGUACGGUGGGGGAUUCUUCCUGAUCAGGAUGCCAUGAGCCCGUAUAUUAUAUUCUUCAUGCUGAUAAUCAUUCCGCCUCCUCCUCUCUCAUUCACCUCCCUCUCCUCUUCCUCUCGUCCUCCUGCCUUCCCUUCCCAAUUCUGCCUCCCACCUGUGCCUCCUGGUCCUGGUCUCUACGCGAUGCUGAGCCUGCGGCGCGUGGCAGGGCGAUCGCGCGUCCAGCCACAAGAGCGCAGCGCAGUGUGGGUGUCAUAAAGCAGGGCCCUGGUACUGUCGCUCCCUUCGGGGAGACUGGUUCUUGGCGAAGAUUGCUUGCUAUAUGGUUUUGGCGACCACGCUGCGCCCUUUUGCAAUCAAGCUGCCCACUCUCCCUUCUAGUCCUCGUUCUCCUUCCUCGUCCUGGCUCUGUCUUACGAUUUUAAUGACAAUGCGAUUUGAUUUGCAGUGUCAGCGGAUGUGUGAAUGUGCGAGGCUAGUCGGAUGUUGCUUCGUGACACAAGCGUUUUGAUGGCCCUGGGCCGAAACUGGCGAGGAGCCUCGUCUGCAUUUGUUCUAAUCAUGUCGAAAUUAGGGUUCG